CCGAACUCACUCCUACCUACUUUCAAAAGUUGACCAGUUAAAAGACCUUAAAGAUCCUUCCUUAUCCAGUAACCUAACCAAACAUGAAACAACGGACCAAUGAAAUCCCUCCUCUUUUGCCUAUAAAAGCCCCUCUUCCCUGCUUCGAUUACCCUUCUUUGGUUUCGCUUGUGGUGGUCCCUGUGGUAACGUUUUCUUCAACCCGAUAAGUAUUUUUACUUUUCUUCUUUCUUUCUGUCUUUCUUCUUCCCUGCGAGUCUUUGCCUUUUCUAUUUCUUUUUUUUUUUUUCUGUAGAUCUGGUUUAGAUAUAGGGUAUUUUAGGGUGUUCUUCUUUGUUAUUUUUCGACUGUUUUGUUCACGUCCGAUCUGCAGAUUGGGAGUCUGGUCUUUGUAAAACCAUUCCAAUGAUAUAAGGUUUUCUAUGAGCUUAAUACUCAUGCGUCGAAUCCGUAUUCUUCACUCCUUCUCGGUCGUCUUCCUUUACUGGUUCUACGUUUUCUCAUGAAUUUGGCCCCUCUUGGUUCGCCAAUCUCCUCAUCUACAUCUAACCAUAGUUAAUUUCCCGGAUCAAAAAGAAAAAUAAAAAUUACCCUUCCGUUGAGAUGGCUACUAUGCAAAGGCCUGCGAGUUCCGGAUCCGAUUCGGACCUGCGAUAUGCAAACAUCGACGAGAGGAAAAGGAAGAGAAUGCUGUCAAACCGUGAAUCCGCAAGGCGGUCACGUAUGAGGAAGCAGAAGCGGCUCGAAGAUUUGCUUAACGAAGUGAACACAUUGCAGAAAGAGAAUAGCCAGCUCUCUGAAGGGAUCAACACCACUACCCAACAUUACACCGAGAUGGAAUCUGCCAACCACGUGUUAAGAGCUCAGGCGAUGGAAUUGACCGAGAGAUUACGGUCCCUGAACUCGGUGCUGCACAUUGCUGAAGAAGUCAGCGGGUGUGACGUUGAAAUCCCGGAGAUUCCGGAUCCUCUGUUGAAGCCGUGGCAUCUCCCCUAUCCGAUACAGCCAAUUAUGGCGGCAGCUGAUAUGUUCGAGGUUUGAUGGAUAGACUCUGCUUCCUUGUUGGGCAAAUGUGAGUCCUUUGUUGGAGUCAGUUUGUGCACGUAAGUCGUUCGAUAAUGUUGUCUUUUCCCAUCUGUUUAUCUGUGUUUCUGUUACUGUUAGUUAAUAUGCAAAUAUAUUUAUGUUAAUGUGGAGUCUGUUUAAUAUGGAGUUGUUUUUGCUGAAACCUUUUGGUGUUUUCCGUUUAGUGUACUUUUGGAUUUCUAUGGAUAUGUAGAAAGUUAGUUUUCAAAUGCAAUGGUUGCUCUUCAUUGUCAGUUUCUUUGCGAUUGCUUGUUGAAUUUGGAUGCAUGAACAGUGUUUAACUGAAAAGUUUCUAUAGAGUGUGAUAAAGGUAUGGGUUAGGGUUUGUUGAAUGCUGGUUUGAUUGAAGAAGUCAAGAAGGGGAAGUUGGUUGUUUAGAACUUUAAGUUUAUCCGAUGCUUUGGUUUCAUAACUAGAACAAAAUGGUAAAAAUGGUUUCAUAACUGUGUUAUUAUUGUUAUUAUUAUUAUUAUUGGUAGAAGAAGAAAGAGGUGUUCACACUUUCUUAUUAUGAGAUUAUAUCACCUACAAUCAUUGUACUACUAUUAACCAAUCAUAAAUCAUAAUUUAGAAUUUUAUGGGGUUCUUCAAAAUUUUGCAUGAGUCCUACCUAUAAUUAGGGGAUCUUUACAUAAUUUGUAGUAUUAUAAUGAAAAGAAUUAAAGGUAAAAUGCUCUCUUCCUAUAAGCAUUCUUAGCAUAGUCUGCUUAAACUACAAUGGGAUAACUGAUUGUUUUGGUGAUAGCAAGUGGUAUUUUUGUUUUGAUAAAGUUAGGUUGAGGGUUUAAUUGAAUUUUGGCAUUUCUUUCUCCAAAUUAUUCAGUUUGAUUAAAGGAAUUACAUUAUGGGUGGGAGUUUCGGAUUAAUUAGAAGUUGGAACUGUUUUCAACUUUGGUUUCCAUGUUCACUUUGAAUUUGAUUCUGUAAUAGAAAUUGUAAGAUGCUUUGUCUUGCUUGUGCUCCUUGCUGCUGCACAGGCUGUGAUUCUUCAAUCUCAACAAUGGACUCUUCAAACAUUUCUUUCUUAUUAAUUAAUUCUUGUAGUAUUCCUUUAGUAGAGUAAUUGCAUGUUCAUAUGUCUUAAGCAAUGUCCAAUAUUACCAGGAUUUUAAUAUGUUGGGCACAUCCACAUGGGAUUUUCUACCAUAGUGUUAAUUCUGUAAAUCGUAAUCUCCUGCUAGUUCAAGCAUGUUUGUGGUCUUUUUUUUGGAUAAACCAUUAGGACUGACUCUGUGAAGUUUUUGAACUGAUUUAAGAUAAUUAAGAAAUUCAGAUUAGAUAAAAGGUUGAUGGUAAAGGAAGUUUCCAGGUGGAUGGGAUCAUUCACCUUUGUCUUCCUGGUUCAUGAAUACGAGGAUACCAACUAUCAUGCUCUAGUUUCAAGUUUCUACCGUUGCUUCCUCCCUAUUACUGAUAAGCUUUGGUUGGAUUGCGGAUGAGGAUGGAUUUAUUCCAUUCGAUUGAGAGUUCACCAAAAUUGACAUUUGUGUCGAGGAAGAAGCGCACGUAUCACGUUCGAUUAAGUCAUGCUCAUUUAUGCGUAUCAUGUAUUUGUCAAAUUCAACAAAGACACCUUUGGUAAGGUAAGCAUUCUCCACAGGCCACAGCUAAUAGAAUAGCCGAUAGGCAACUAACUAAUUAAUACGUCACGGUCGUUGUACAUCUUUUUCAUCGAUCGUCGUGUGGUUAAUUUAUGAUUGCUGACGCACAGCGCUAAGUUGGGAAUGAUAU